AUGUUUAAUCGUGAUGCGCUGUUUGGCAACCGCCAGCCACCACCGCCAGGACAGCGACAGCAGGCCCCUAGACAGCCCUCGGGUCUUCCAGAUCGACCGCAACAGCAAUACUCGUCCUAUGGACAAGAGAAGCCCUCCACGUCUCAUGGAACUCUGCGACUACGACCAGUCGCCUUCCCCGACAAGAAUGCGACCUUCUCGAAUAUCUGUAUGGUCAACCCGCAGGAAAUCGCAUUCCCGCAGAACGGCGAAGACUCAUACCUGCUGAUCAACGGCAAAUUCGUGCUGUCGGCGAGACCUCACCCAAACUUGCAGAGAGGAGAGCUGGGAUUGAAUGAGAUUCAAAGGACAUGGAUGCAGGUCACCAUGACUGACACUAUCGAGGCGGAGCCAUACGAUCCUUUUCGACAAGGUUCACAAGGAUAUUUAGGAAGCAUAGAUGUAGAGGUGGGCUUUGCGGGUCGGAUGGGAGGCACAGAUGCACCAUUCGACCAGGAUCAGCUAGCAGAUGGCAUGGUGAAGGCAUUCCGCAACCAAAUAUUUGCGCCAGGACAAGGAAUACUAUUCGACUUCCGCGGCAUCAAACUCAAGCUCACCAUUCGUACCGUAGAGCUCGUGGAUCUUGCUUCGCUGAAGACGUCUGGCGGCACAUCACAAACACGCCCUGACGCCCGAGGCAUUCUCGUAGCUGAGACGAGCAUCAAUUUUUACAAAGACGCCAAAUCACCCAUCAACCUCAAGGCCUCCGCACGCAGGCCGGCCGCGAAUUCCGUCAUCCGUCCUGACUUCAAAUUCGAAGACAUGGGUAUCGGCGGUCUUGAUAAAGAAUUCAGCGAUAUCUUCCGAAGAGCCUUCGCAUCACGUAUAUUCCCGCCUGGACUCGCGGAAAAGCUUGGAAUUCAGCACGUACGCGGAAUGUUGUUAUAUGGCCCUCCAGGUACAGGAAAGACCUUGAUUGCUCGGCAGAUUGGUAAGAUGCUCAACGCCCGUGAGCCCAAAGUCAUCAACGGUCCAGAAGUAUUGAACAAGUACGUCGGUCAGUCCGAGGAGAACAUUCGAAAGAUGUUUGCGGAUGCAGAAAAGGAACAGAAAGAAAAGGGCGACGAGUCAGGUCUGCACAUCAUCAUUUUCGACGAAUUGGAUGCCGUUUGCAAGCAGCGUGGUUCCGGCGCAGGUGGAGGUACCGGUGUUGGUGACAGUGUGGUCAAUCAAUUGCUUUCAAAACUGGAUGGUGUGGAGCAAUUGAACAACAUCCUGCUCAUCGGUAUGACGAACCGGAAGGACAUGAUUGAUGAGGCUCUUCUUCGACCAGGUCGUCUAGAGGUACAUAUGGAGAUCAGCUUGCCUGACGAGCCGGGACGGGCGCAGAUCCUCAAGAUUCACACCACCAAAAUGAGAGACAAUGGAGCUUUGGGCAGUGAUGUAGACCUCGGCGAACUGGCUCGACUCACGCGCAAUUUCUCCGGCGCUGAGAUCAGCGGUCUCGUCAAGGCUGCCAGCAGUUAUGCGUUCCAGCGGCACAUCAAAGGCGGCACCGUCGCCGCUCUCAAGGACGACAUCACGGAGAUGAAGAUUCAUCGGGAAGACUUCCUCAAGGCACUUGGGGAAGUGAAGCCCCUCUUUGGUGUGAGCGAGGAAGAGCUGGACGAUUGCGUGCGUGGCGGUAUCAUCCACUACGGCCCGUCCGUUGAGAAGAUCCUGCGAGAUGGUAGGAGCUAUGUCGAGCAAGUGCGCACUGGGAAACAAUCGCGACUCUUGCCCGUCUUGAUCCACGGACCACGGUACAGCGGCAAGACCGCGCUUGCGGCACGCAUCGCUCUGGACUCGAAAUUCCCCUUCAUCAAACUGAUCUCACCAUCGGACGUCAUCGGAAUGAACGAGAUCCAGAAGAUUCAAUACCUCAGCAAGGUCUUCACGGACGCAUACAAGUCACCUCUGAACGUCCUCGUGCUCGACAACAUCGAAAACCUGAUCGACUGGGUCCCCAUCGGCCCACGUUUCAGUGCAGCGGUGCUGUCUGCGCUCAAAGCCUUGAUGGCCAAGCAACCUCCGGAAGGCCGGCCAUUGCUGAUCCUCGCCACGACGUCGCAGCGCACCGUGAUGCAGCAGCUCGAGCUCGAUUUCAUCUUCGAGAUCCCCGUGCCGAACCUCCGCACGCAGCAAGAGCUCUUCAACGUCAUGGGCGAGUCGGGAGCCUUUGAUCAAAAAGCCAUUCAACGUGCCAUCGGAGAGAUCGAGGCGGUCACCGGCAGCAAGGAGAUCGGUGUGGGCAUCAAACAGAUUUUGCUGGCGAUGGAGGGUGCUGCGCUCGGCUCGGACGACCCGGCGAUCCGAUUCGCAGAGAUCAUGUGCUCUGCCAUUGGCAAUGCGUAG